ACAGUUACAUACUAUGUCUCCCGUUACAACUGCUGUGCUGCAUGAGACCGAUGUCCAAGACUAUAUGAAAUGUUCAAAAAUCAUGAUUCAUGCCCCGGAAGACAAAAAGGCUAACGCGAACUUCACUGCCUACUUCAAAAAUGAAGUCACGCCUCCUCUGCAAGUAUCUUACCGCCAGGAAGAAGUUGGAUGCGGCCAUAUAAAUGACAUUUAUGACGAUGGACAGUACCAAGUGUAUUUCUUGAACGUGAAUAAAGCAGUGUGCAUCUACCGAUGCCCAAUCGCUCCUACAAAGGGUGUCGCAACUGCCGGAGCUUUAGUAUCUGUGGCAAAUCAAAACAGCCCGGAUGUUGUGGCUGAAGUUCAAUCCUGCAAGGAGAGUUUGGCGUCUGUGGGAUUCACCGGUCAUCUUGUCAAUGUAGAUAAAUGUUCUGCUUGAAUAUUUUAAUUAACAACCAAAGUUUUGCCUCAGUAUAUAGCUUUGGAUUGUCCGCCUAUAGGUAGAUUUCUUCUUGGAACCAACUUUUUUAAUAUAGUACUCUUGAUGUUCUAUCUGAAAAUCUUUUUAUGUAUUUCAAGUAAAUUAGAAUAAGCCAAAUUAAAAAAUCUUACGAAUGAAUAGUUUUUAAUCUAAUGCACCUAUAAGAGGGUAAGUUCUUUCAAGUUUACCCGAAAACUGAAAUAUAAAACACUUUUUUGAA